ACAUCAGUCAACAACUUACCUCCUUAUUUGUUGCUGCUGAGUGCUGCCCCAUUUCUUCUCUCAUUCCUUCGGCUAUUUCGUCUACUCUGUCCCUAUCUAUCACCCUGCUGCUGUUAUCACUCUCUCUUCCGGGUCCUUCAAUAGACGGCUGUUCUCCACGACGAUGGUUCUGUUUCACAGUGACAUCUGAAGAGAGUACAGAAAAUGAAAACAACAAGAGAAGAUAAUAAUAUGGAGAGUGAGAAAGGUGCCCCAAAGCGGCGGAGAGUGAUUGAACAUGAUUCUCCUUCUGCAUCUCCUUCUCCACAAGUCAUUGAUAACCCACUUGUACCCUACAAUGACGCCGAUGAUGAAGAAGACGAUGAAAGAAGAGAAUAUAGUAACCUUAGUAGAGGAGGGGAAUAUGGACAAGGUGUAGCAGGGAAUGGCUAUCAAGGUCUGGAAGAAGAAGAAGAAGAAGAAGAAGAAGAAGAAGAUGAUGAUGAUGAUGAUGAUGGACAAGAAUCCAAUCAAGACAAGAGGAGGAGCCAAAUUGAGCCUCGUGAAGACUGCCCUUAUCUUGAUACAGUGAAUCGUCAGGUGUUGGAUUUUGAUUUCGAGAAAUUUUGCUCAGUCUCUUUAUCAAACCUGAAUGUAUAUGCGUGCUUGGUUUGUGGGAAAUAUUACCAAGGGAGAGGGAAGAAAUCCCAUGCAUACACUCAUAGCCUUGAAGCAGGACAUCAUGUCUACAUUAAUCUUCAGACUGAGAAAGUUUACUGCCUUCCUGAUGGAUAUGAAAUUAUUGACCCAUCACUGGAUGACAUACGGCAUGUUUUGAACCCAAGGUUUACUAGGGAUCAGGUUGAACAACUUGACAAAAACAGACAAUGGUCCAGGGCACUUGAUGGGUCUGAUUACCUUCCCGGAAUGGUGGGCCUGAAUAACAUUAAAGAGACUGAUUUUGUUAAUGUCACUAUUCAGUCUCUAAUGAGAGUUACACCCUUAAGAAAUUUCUUCCUUAUCCCUGAAAACUAUCAGCAUUGCAGAUCUCCUCUUGUUCAUCGCUUUGGAGAACUCACGCGGAAGAUAUGGCAUGCUAGGAACUUUAAAGGACAGGUGAGCCCGCAUGAGUUUCUCCAAGCAGUUAUGAAAGCCAGUAAAAAACGGUUUCGCAUAGGACAGCAGUCUGAUCCUGUGGAGUUCAUGGCAUGGCUUCUUAAUACACUACAUGCAGAUCUCAGAACUUUAAAGAAAAACAACAGCAUCAUUUACGAGUGCUUUCAGGGGGAGCUGGAAGUUGUAAAAGAGACUCCUAGCAAAGUUAUCACUGAUAAGAAGGAAAAUGGUGAUGACCAGAAUAGCAUUCAAAAAAGUACUGAUGGUGGGAAUGAACAUGAUGAUGUUGUCACAGAAACUUCUAGAAUGCCAUUCUUGAUGCUUGGACUAGAUUUGCCACCACCACCUCUAUUUAAAGAUGUGAUGGAAAAGAAUAUAAUACCCCAGGUUCCUCUGUUCAAUAUACUAAAGAAAUUUGAUGGUGAGACAGUGACUGAAGUUGUCCGCCCCCGUGUAGCCCGGAUGAAAUACCGAGUCACUAGAUUGCCACACUAUCUAAUACUUCACAUGCAACGGUUUAAAAAGAACAACUUCUUUAUUGAGAAAAAUCCAACCUUAGUCAACUUUCCUGUGAAGAACCUGGAACUGAAGGAUUAUAUACCUUUGCCAAUGCCUAAGGAGAAUGAGAGAUUGCGCUCAAAGUAUGAUUUGAUUGCCAAUAUUGUUCAUGAUGGAAAACCCAAGGAGGGAUUCUACAGAGUUUUUGUGCAGCGGAAAUCAGAGGAGCUAUGGUAUGAGAUGCAGGAUUUGCAUGUUUCUGAAACUCUGCCUCAAAUGGUUGCCCUAUCUGAGGCAUAUGUGCAGAUAUAUGAGCAGCAGCAGUAGCAUAGCAUUUAGAGGAAAUCUGUUUGUUAUCUGUAAUUAUAGGUACAAGAAUUUUAUUACUUCUACAAAUGGUUGCUAGGAGAUCAGAAUGAGAAGACUUGAGUUAGGGAAAAUAUUGAAUUUUGGUCGUGCCAAACUUUGAAGUUUCCUAUUUGGUGAAAGUGAAAGCAUCAUUAAUAGUAUUUUUUUUGACAUGGAAA